AUGAUUGAUUUUUCGUCUACUAAAAGUGAUUUAGAGCAGAAUAUAAAUAAUGCUAACAAUAAUAGAGCUGAUAACGAGAAAGGACAAGAAACUAAGUCAAAGAUACAAGAAGAAUCCAUUUCAGAAAGUAACUUAAGAAUUCAGUCUAGUAAUGAUAAAUCUGAUCAAAAUAUUGCUGAUGUGGAUAUUGAAUCAGCACUUAGUAAUGAACCAAGUAUUCCUAGUGAUCCAACAGAUGCGAAUUUGCCUUCUCAAUUAGAUAACAAUACCGAAGCUAUUAGUAAUAUUAAAAAAGAAAUUGUUGCCUUAGACCAACGCGAUGAAAGUAUAAAGAACAACCAAAAAGACAUAAUUUCCUCAACAGAAUCAGAAACUGUUGAAGACAUGAAACCCAUAGAAGUUAUUAUAAAUAUGAAAACAUUGAUGUCUGAACUUCAAGAAAAUGUGAUGCAUGCAACUAUUAACAUAAUUGAUAAUUCAGACAUUAUACACAAUAUUUUAGAUGAAUUUCAAGUUCAAAUAAUCAAAUUAAAAAGUGUAAGUCAAAGUAGUGAUAAUGUUGCUGAGAUAUUAAAUGAUCUAGAAUGCAGUACAAGAAGUGUUCAACUUCUUGUAAGUGAAAACAGCCCUCUCCAACACAUAAUGGAGACUACCGCUACCUUAGAAGUAUUAGUUGACAGUAUUAAAGAUGAUUUUGAAAAUUACCAUUUAGUUCCACAUAAUUCAAGUAAAGACAACACUGUAACAAGAGAGGAGUGCGUGGAUGAGACGAACAAUACCUUGAUGUUGUUAGAAAAGGUUUCAAAAUCCAGUCAUAAUCACCAUCACAUUGAAAAUAUAAUAAAUGAGCUGAAUUGUGUAAAGGGCCUUAUAAUUGGUAUUAAACAAUGUUUUAACUUAAAUGAAGAGACUAUUAUAGAAAAAGGUAUUGAUUUAAUGCAAAACUUAGAUAUAGUUGAGCAAAAAUUAUUUACUAUAGAAAAUACCAUAGAAAGUAUAUCUAAGGUAGAUCCGACUACCCGUGAUACUAUACUGACCGCCGUGCAUUCCGUUUAUGCUAACAUUUCGAAUAUAAGAGGGACAAUUACAAAUAUUCAAAGGCGGUAUAUGUAUGAAAAUUAUGGGAAACCUUCAGAAAUGAUGCUGAAAGCUAUUAAAAAUAUCAAUAUUUUACACAAAUUGGACAAGAAAGACAAUUGGAAACAGAUAACCAAACAUCUCCGAAAUACACUCAAUCAUUUUGAAGACAUUAAAUUUUUUAUAAAUCUUGAUAAAACAGCAAGAGUUCCAAGUGACGCAUCGCUUACUAAAGUCGUUUUAAAUGAGUUGAAAUUGCUCACAUCAAGUGUGAUGCUCAAAAAUUUAGAAGAAUUAAACAUACCAUUACAAAAAAAAAUCAAUUGCCUUGUACAUGACAUUGAACAGGAAUUAAAUAAAUUUGAUAAUAUAACAGUCCUAAAUGUCAGUGAAAAAAUUCCAAUUUUUAAACAACUAUCGUUGCAUUUCAUGAAAUUAUCUGACGUAAUUGUAGAAGCGUAUCAAUUAAGGAAAGAUGUAUUAUUGUCAGAUCGACACGGAGUUCCAAACGAAAAUAAAAUAAAUGACUCUGUACAAGAAGUACAAUUUUCCGAAGCGGAAGCAUUAAGUACAAAAAAAAUAUCUGAACCUGGAACAAUUGUCGAAAGUAUUAUAGAACCCCCUAAAAUUUCCAAACCAACAGUUUCUGACAGAAGUAAAAAUAACAACCUACCCGACGAUAUUUUCGUUUUAGACAAAAGUGAUCUUAGUGAUAAAAAUAUUUUUAAAGAAAAUUUGCAGCUCAUUAUUGAAGCUUUGUUGGAAGAAGCAAUAAGUAAAGUACAUUUGAUUGAAUGUAAUACGUCUGAAACAGAUUUAACUGUGCAAGAACAUCAUAAAGAAGAUACUUCGAAUUGCGAUUUACCAAAUAAAGAUAUGUUUGACGAAAAUUUCAAAAAAAUUCAGGAACAACUUCUAGAUUCGCCCAAAAUUGAAACUGAAACAUUACGUAACGCGACUGAAAGUAUAAAAACGUUACUACCAGAAGAGGAGGUAAAUGCUAAGAAAUUAGAAAUUGAUGGUUUGACCGAUCAAUCAAAAACAGACGAAAAUAUAGAAUCACUGAGUACUGAGCUUGAAGAAAACAGUACACGUUCGAAAUUAAGUCUAGAAGAAAUAGAAAAAAAUAAAACUAAUAACAAAGUCAAUACAAAGGAAGCUAUUAUUAUAUCCCCAAAUGCAAAUGUAACAGAUAACCUAUUAAAGAUUGUUCAAGAAGAACGUUCAGAUGCACCUAUUGAAACCGAAAUAUUACAAAACAAAGCAAUGACUGCAAAUAUAGAAACGAUAACUCCAGAAGAAGAGGUAAGUGCUAACAAAUUAGCAAUUGAUAAUUUGACCGAUCAAUCAAAAACAGAAAUAAAUAUUAAGGAAUCUAUUUAUACUGAGCUUAAAGAAAGCAGUACAAAUGAAACCAAUGAUAUAGAGAAUAUAAAGGACGCUCUUGUUGCAAUCCCAGACGCAAAUGAAAAAGAUAAUCAAUUCAAGAUAAAUCAGGAAAAACUUUUAGAUGCGCCGAACACUGAAACCGAAAUAUUACAAACCACGAAUGCAAGUAUAGAAACAUUGAUACUAGAAGAAGAGGAAAGUGACAACAAAUUAGAAAUUGCUGAUUUGACCGAUCAAUCAAAAACAGAAAAAAAUAUUAAAGAAUCACUUAUUACUGAGUAUGAAGAACACAGCACAAGUAUAAAAUUAAGUCAAAAUGAAAAAGAAAUUGAUAAAACUAAUGACAUAGAGAAUAUAAAGGAAGUUAUUGUUAUAACCGCAGACUCAAAUGAAACAGAUAAUCAAUUCAAGAUAAUUCAGGAAGAACUUUCAGAUGCGCCGAACAUUGAAACCAAAAUAUUAGAUACAAAGGCUGCGAGUAUAGAAAAGUUAAUACCAGAAGAAGAGGUAAGUGCCAACAAAUUAGAAAUAGCUGAUUUGACCGAUCAAUCAAAAAUAGAAACAAGAGUUAAAGAAUCACUUAAUACUGAUCUUGACGAAAACAGCACAUAUUUAAAAUUAAGUCUAGGAGAAACAGAAGUUGAUAAAACCAAUCACAAAGAGAAUAUAAAGGAAGCUAUUGUUAUAAUCCCAGACGCAAAUGAAACAGAUAAGCAAUGCAAGAUAAUUCAGGAAGAACUUUCACAUGCGCCAAAAGCUGAAACCGAAAUAUUACAUACCACAAAUGCGAAUAUAGAAAUGUUAAUACCAGAAGAAGAGGUUAGUCCCAACAAAUUAGAAAUAGCUGAUUUGUCCGAUCAAUCAAAAAUAGAAACAAGUAUUAAAGAAUCACUUAAUACUGAUGUUGACAAGAACAGCACAUAUUCAAAAUUGAGUCUAGGAGAAACAGAAGUCGAUAAAACCAAUGACAAAGAGAAUAUAAAGGAAGUUAUUGUUAUAACCGCAGACGCAAAUGAAACAGAUAAUCAAUGCAAGAUAAUUCAGGAAGAACUUUCAGAUGCGCCAAAAGCUGAAACCGAAAUAUUACAUACCACGAAUGCGAGUAUAGAAACGUUAAAACCAGAAGAAGAGGUAAGUCCCAUCAAAUUAGAAAUUUCUGAUUUAACCGAUCAAUCAAAAACAGAAAAAAAUAUUAAAGAAUCACUUAUUACUGAGUAUGAAGAACACAGCACAAGUAUAAAAUUAAGUCAAGAUGAAAAAGAAAUUGAUAAAACUAAUGUCAUAGACAAUAUAAAAGAAGCUAUUGUUAUUACCCCAGACACAAGUGACACAGAUAAUCAAUGCAAGAUAAUUCAAAAACUAUCAGAUGCUCCAAAAAUUGAAGCCGAAAUAUUAUAUACCACGAAUGCGAGUAUAGAAACGUUAAUACCAGAAGAAGAGGUAAGUCCCAACAAAUUAGAAAUAGCUGAUUUGUCCGAUCAAUCAAAAACAAAUAUUAAAAAAAUGUUUAAUACUGAUCUUGAAGAAACCAUCACAAGUUUAAAAGUAAAUCCAGGAGAAAUAGAAAUUGAUAAAACCAAUGACAAAGAGAAUAUAAAGGAAGCUAUUGUUAUAAUCCCAGAUGCAAAUGAAACAAACAAUCAAUGUAAGAUAAUUCAAGAACUUUCAGAUGCACCAAAAAUCGAAGCCGAAAUAUUACAUAGCACUACUGCAACUAAAGAAACAUUAAUAGCAGAAGAUUUUGACAGUAGUAACAAAUCAGGAAUUGCAGAUAUUCAAACAGAUGAACCUGAGAUUGAAUUUGAUAACAAAAACGUUAACUUAAUAUCUCGUGACACCGAUAAACUGGAAAGUCUGUUUAUUUGUACAGAUCAAAAGCAACCCAAAGAAGAAACAAUUGAAACAAUACAAGACCAUGAUGGUAAAAAACAUUUUGAAACAGACAAUAAAUAUAAAGAAAGUUUAGAAAACCAAAAUUUAAAAAUAGAGAAGGACGAACCUAAUCUUACAUUAUCAUCCAGCUUAAAUGAAAAUGAUAUAAUCAAGGAAAAUAUACCUCCUCCAUCGUUAAUACCUGAAGGAAAAUCUCCUAAAUCUGCUGGUGACGAAUCGUUAGAAUUUAGCACUCCGGAGAAAACAAUUCAAAGUAAUAAGACUAAACCUAAUGAGGACAUCGAUAAUGAAACCUCAAAAAUGAUUGAGUUUAAAGAACUAUCUGAAACAACUGCUCUUGAAAUAGGAAAUAACAAAGGUGUUAAAAUUCAGGAUAAUCUAAUCGAUGAGACAGAAAGAAGUACCCGUAAAAAAUUUGAAAAUAAAAUUGUUGAGGUUAAAUCUGAAAAUCUCGAUCACGUAGAAAAUAAACAUGAUGAUAACAUUGUUUUAACCGUCGACAGUGCUUCUGAUAGAAGCUCGAAGAAUUUUGAUAAACAUUCCAAUACUAUCGAAUCAGAUAAUGCAUUAAUUGAAACCUAUGAAUCUAAAAAUAACGAAGAAGAUAAUAAUUUGACUAAAACAACACAUACGACGAAUGAAAACGACAACACAAUCGAGGAUAAGAAAAAAGAUACGGAAGAAAUAGACAAAGAUAAAGUAAUUAUAGAAUCUGACAAAGAUGUAAAAGAUAAUGGGGAUCAAAAACAAGACCUUCAAAAAUGUAUCGAUGUUGAUUCGCAGGAGUUCUAUGAUGUUGAAGAAGUUUUACAUACACAACAAGAGUCUGUCGAAAUAAAAUUUGAUGAAACAACAAAAUCUACAGAUGCACAAGAAAAGGAGACAGUAAUAAUACAUAAAUCAGCCACAAACAAAGACUUAGAUAACAGUUCUACUGAUAUCAAAAAAGAUGUCUGCGAAAAUGUGUUACAUGAAAGUAAUGUUUCUGAUAUUGCAGCAAAUAAUAAAACAUUAAAUAAUCCUUCUUUAAAUGUUGCAGAAGUUAUAUCUUCCAAAGACAUAAACUCAGAAAGUUUACGUAACGAUAGUGAAGAUGAAAAAAUAACAAAACCUAAUUUACAAAUAUUACCGGAUUUAUUACCAAAUAAUCAAGAAUCGUGUCUCAAUAGUGAUGGAGUAAUCCAAGAAGAACAAACAAAGGAAAAAAAUGAACAUCAAAGUGACCUUUGCUCUAGAAAUAAACUUACCGAGCUUGAUGACGAAGUAAUAGAUAAUAAAUUAAAAAAUAAUGUUUUUGUUUAUGAUGAACAAAGAAAUGAAACCGAAUUUGGACUCUUAUCAAAUAUUAAACACAAUGAAACAGUCACUGAUCCCAAGAUAAAAGACGAAGUAUCGAGGGCACAGGACGAAAAGCAGGAAGUAUCUGUAGUAGGAAGUGACACGGUGCAAAAUAACGUAGUGCCUAAGGUAAAUGUAGUAGAGCAGGAAGCUAAUGAAAUAAAAAAGCAGACCGAUGUUGAUAAAUUGGAAAAUAAUACUGGAAAUACUGUUUUAAAUGCAGAAAAGGACAUAAAUAUAAUGUCGUCUGCAGUAACAUAUGAUCAGAAUGCCCAAUCGUUUGACAUAGAAGGGCAGGAGAUAGCAAACUUGAAGGCUAGAAAGCGAUCAGUAAGUGGUGAGAAAAAAAAGAAACUGAAGUCAAAAGCGGGAAAAAGUUUAAUAGUUGAUGUGGAAAAGAAUGCUGAACCCGAUACAAUUAUAGAGUUUAAAGAUAAUGAUGUGAAAAAUAGCUCAUUACGACACGAUGAUGUACAAAUAACAGGCAAAGACGUACAAUCUAACGAUACGUUGCAAAAAACGCAAACGAUUGGUAUAAGCAGAAGUGUUGUCGAAGAAAGCGAAAAGAAUAAAUUAUUUGCUGUGAAAAUGGAAGACAAAGUUAGCGUUGACGCAUGCAUCAGCAACAAAUCCAUUAAUGCUAGUGCAUCUAAAGAUGCAUACAAGGAAGCAGAAAUUCUUCAUAUAAGACGAAAUGAAACCUACAUUCCUAGAGAAAAACCACAAAUUGUCGAUCCAAAUAUAUUUGAUUCUGGCGCAGAGUUCUCACGUCCACCCGGAUACAUACCAAAAUCCUAUAACACGAGUAAUACUUACACGCCAGAAAUUAAUUACAGUUCCACAUCAAACGUUUUUUACAAAGCACAGAGCCUAGUUCGAGACCACCAGGCAAGAUUUCCACCAGAUGACUUAUAUGUAUUAGAUAAAGACAGGCAAUUAGAAAUUAGACAGAAAGCUAAAGCGGCAAGUGAAUCCAGGAGCAUCUAUUCAGAGAAGCGAAGUUCAACACGAGAUCUUAAAAGGAAGCCAGUAUUUUCAACACAUUUAACGAACAGAACAGCGGUUGAAGGGUCAAGGGUAAAACUGACAUGUAGCGUGCUAUCAUCUACAGAAUCAGUGAUAAAUUGGUACAAGAACGGAGUACUAUUGGAAGACAAGCAAAAGUAUAAAAUAAAAUUUUUAGACGGAUUAAUAACAAUGGAACUACUAAAUGCGCUGCCGAUAGAUUCUGGAGAUUACAGUUGCACUGUGGAAAAUGAGCACGGAUCGAUAACAACUUCAGCGAAAUUAAAAGUGUAUCCUAGCUUUGAGGCUACUCCGAUACCGCCUACCUUCACACGGUCAAUACGUGAUGUAUACCACAGAGCUGAAAAUGAGCUCGUAAUGGAAUGCCGCAUACGAGGUCAACCGUUGCCAACAAUAACGUGGCUGAAGGACAAUAAAUCUAUCGCGUCCAUGGAACGAUAUGAAGCGUCAUAUCUAGCAGACGGCUUAUGUAGACUAACGGUCAGCGCCCCGACGGCAGACGACAGUGGCACUUUUACUUGCAAAGCUGAGAGUGCUAUGUGGUCAGAUCAGAUUUCGCACGUGGUAAAUUUCAGUGGUGCGGAAAGUCGGAUAAGUUGCCGUCUAUCCAGUGUGGAUAGACGACACGUCCACGACACACGCCGCCCUCACUUCACAAACGUUCUGAGCGACUACAAAGUUGUAAAGGGCGGCACCAUCGGAUUACAAGUAGAGAUAGGAGGUGCACCCACCAGAGUAGAAUGGUUGCGUGAAGGAUCUUCCGUAACAGAGAUUGAUAAAAAUGCGCAAACGUUUGUAGACCACGGUAUCUAUACGUUGGCUCUGACGGAUGUAACCGAAAAACAUUCGGGACUCUAUACGUGCAGGGCGUGGAGUAAUCAUGGAAACGUGGAUAUGAACGCAGAUAUACUUGUGGUCCAGCCGAACGAAGUAGAUGGGAAACCACCGGUCAUUGUUAGCAGACCUGCAAAGGACUUAUUGUUGUCAGUAGGCGAAGAUAUUAAUAUAUCGUUUAGAGUGCAAGGAGAACCGAAGCCAAAAGUAUUUUUCAUGAAAGGAAUAAGAGAUAUAACGAAUAGUCAGCGUGUUUGUAAAAUGACGUCAGACGACUAUGUGAAAUUUACCCUGAAACGGUCGGUUAUAUCCGAUGCUGGGACAUACUGUAUACUCGCAAGAAACGCUUAUGGAUGUGACAGAGCAUUUGUGACAGUCGUUGUUCGACAGCGUGCUUCAUCUGAGAACCUUAUAUCGGAUUGGAUUUAUCCAAUUGAUGACUCAGCAAUUCUCACAGCUGAGAGGAAGUAUAAAACUGUGCCCGGACGCAUCCCGGGCGAGCCGAGUGCAGUAGAUGGCGGGAACAGCUGGGUGACCCUGGCUUGGCCCAAACCGGACCCUAACGAGGCCGCCCCAGUCCUCGCCUACAGAGUUGACUCGUGGCUCCUCGGAAAAGAGGGAGGCGCGCGGUGGCUCGAAAUGGGCAUCACGCCGCGAAACACUUUCGACGCGUUCAAUUUGAAACAGGGGGAAGAGUACCAUUUUAGAGUGACGCCGAGAAAUCGGUACGGGUUCGGAGAACCGGUUCAAACCUCCAGCCCCAUUGGCGUGGGUGUAGCGGGCGAUCGUCCAGAAUUCGUUGACAUUCUUCCCGGUCUUUUAAAAGUGCUGGUCGGUGAAACGGCAAACCUGAGCUGCAGCUUCAAAGGAAAACCUACCCCGGAAAUAGUUUGGAUGAAGAAUGGACACGAACUGGAUGAAGCCAGCAGAAUUAAAACAAAGCAGAGCGGCAACGCGUGUUCCUUGACCAUAAAGAAGGUGGAGAUCGAGGAUGAAGGACGGUAUAGCUGCGAAGCAACUAAUGCGCAUGGCCGCGCCUCCACUUACGCAAGGAUGACUGUAAUAACGGACAAACAGAUUUGGGAGGCUGAUGCCAAACUCAAGAGAGAGAGAUCGGCAGACGCGACUGGCGACUAUCCGCCUCAGUUUACGAUGCGUCUGCGAGAUCGUCGCGUUCAAGCCACAUAUCCAGUACGGCUCACCUGCCAAGUUAUCGGAAGCCCCACUCCGACUCUCACCUGGUUCAAAGACGGCCAAGAAAUCGUUUUCGACUCCCGUAAAGUUCAAUAUCAAGACGAACAUUUCCACACACUGGAAAUAGCUCCGACCACACUAGACGACGGUGGCGUGUACGAAGCACUAGCAAGAAACAACAGCGGCGCUGUCAGCUGUCGUUGUUGUCUCGUCGUAGACAAGGGAAUAAGGGCUUAUGUCGCACCCGAGUUCUGCUGUGGACUAGAACCUCUAUAUAGGCUUAAUGAAGGUGAAGAACUCCGAAUAUCAGCAAUUGUAGAGGCUUAUCCAUCUGUAGGGGUGACUUGGUAUCGAGAUGGGGUUAGACUACGACCCAGUCGUAAAGCCGUUAUGACGUUAGACAGAGACGGGCAGAUUGAAUUAGCUCUAGCCUCGGUCACGACUAGAGACGCCGGGGUAUACACAUGUACAGCGUCCAACGAGGUCGGACAAGCUUCGACCUCUGGUAAAGUCGAGAUCGUAACAGACAGGCGGGAGACAGAUCAAAGGAAGUUACCGACAGUCAUAUGUUCCGAUGUACCAUACUCUAAAGAGCCGAUGUUUAUAAAGAAGCCACGAUCAACGGAAGCUUACGAGGGCGAUACAGUUAUAAUCGAAUGCGAAGUUAUUGGCGAUCCCACUCCUGAUGUAUACUGGCUUAGGGAUUUCCUAAAGCCCGAUUACUAUCGCGACGCUAUCCACUUCAAGCAAAUGGCCGCAGGACCGUUGUAUCGCUUCGAGAUUCCUCACGCAAAGCUGGACUUCACAGGCGCAUAUUCUGUCGUCGCGCGAAACGUACACGGCGAAGCGAAAGCUAUCAUUUCUCUUCAAAUAUUUGCUAAAGAUCCGAAGUCGAGUGAUGAAACACAUAACAUAAGAUAUGGACGCGUCGAAGUUCUACCACGCUUCGAGAAGGAUUUAACGGAUCUACUGUGUUACGACGGAGAUGCUGUCGAGUUUGAGUGUCGUGUAACGGGCAACCCAGAACCGGAUAUCCGCUGGUUCCAUUAUAAUGAGGUGCUACCGAAUUGCCCAGAUUUCGAGUCUACCUUUGACGUUGGCACUGCGCGUCUCAAGAUCAAGCAAGUGGCUGCAGAAGAUGAAGGGACAUACACUUGUGAGGCGUCCAAUAAUCUCGGAAAAGCAACGUCCACAGCUUGCCUAGUUGUAUAUCCUCCAGGUGAACCAAAUACAUUAAGUCAAAGGCUGCAGCGGCCUCCUGCGCUUGCGUCAACCACUUCUACCCCACGGUCCACACCGCGUGCCACCCCAUCUAGAUCUGUGUCAAGGACGCCUGCGCCACGACCGGGUACAAGCAAGGAGACACCACGACUGAGAAGCCCUACCCGCGAGGUGGCUCCGAAGUUUUAUACCUACCCCUUCAACAAAGUAGUAGAAGAGGGGGACAGUGUUAUCUUGCAGUGCGGUGUGGGCGGGCUCCCGACACCCUGGGCAACGUGGGACAAGGACGGCAUUAUCAUUACUCCCACAUCAAGGAUAAGCAUAAAAGAAAAAGAUGAAAUGCUUAGGAUACUGCAAAUCGACGAAGUGACCGUGGACGAUGUGGGCCUUUACCGAAUCACCCUGGAGAAUGACUAUGGGCGGGCGGAGGCGUCAGCGCGCGUUGAAGGUAUCCUAUCGACGGAGGACACCAUCCUUGACCAGACAAGACUGAACGAUGGAGGUUGGAGACAGGUGUAUUAA